AUGGCUGGUAGAAGGAACAACAACAACGGAGAGAUGGGCGGUCAGAACAACCAGUUUCUAGAAGGACUUACCGCACUUCUACAUGAGCAGAACCGCAUUCAUGGGGAACAGAUUCAACAAAUAUUGCAGGCUAGGGAGCAGGGGAGCACCCCCAGACGUUCUACACCUAGUACGCAACCAGUCUACAAGCAGUUUCGGGAGCUUGGACCGACGGAGUUUAAAGGCACCACAGACCCAAUCGCUGCCGAGGGAUGGAUUCGGUCUCUGGAAAUGAUAUUUGACUUCAUGCAGCUCACAGUUGUGGACAAGAUCAGGUGUGCGAUAUUCAUGCUCCGGGAUGAUGCUCGAGUAUGGUGGGAGGGUGCGCGGCUGACUGUAGAUCUGACUAUUUUGACUUGGGCUGAUUUUAAGGAGGUAUUCUAUGGGAAGUAUUUCAUAGUUGACAACAGGACACGACUGGCACGGGAAUUCUUGGAGCUUCGUCAGGGAGAUAUGACGGUGGCGGAGUAUGUCAGGAGGUUCGAGAGAGGACGUUAUUUCGUACCUAUGAUUACCAGCCAACCAGUCGAAGAAUUGAAGCACUUCACCGAAGGGUUGAGGCCGGCUAUUCGCCAUGAUGUCAGGCUGAGUCGGGUCACCACAUUCAGAGGGGCAGUUGACCAAGCACUGAUGUCCGAAAGAGACAGAAAUGACAUGGUCAAGGAAGCUCAGAGAAAGAGAUUGAGUUAUCAGGGACGGGAUCAGCAGGAGCCGGGAAAAAAGAGGUCAGUUCCUGGUCAGAAUCCAGGAAAGCAGUCAUUUAAGCAGGCGCAGCCGCGGCAGCAAAUUCAGAAGACACAAGCAGCUGAAGGCACUGGUGUCAGGGCUAAAAACAAGGUUCGCUGUUCUAAGUGCGAGAAGAUUCACGCUGGGCAGUGUUUGACGGGUACAGAUGUUUGCUAUAUGUGUAAGAAGUCAGGACACUUCACAAGAGAAUGUCCACUGCUCACGGAGCCAACCAAAGGGAGAGUAUUUGCGAUGACUCAAGAGCAGGUGGACCUGGACACAGCUAUUAUCACAGGUAUGAUUUAUAUCGCCAAUAUUCCAGCCCGUGUAUUAAUAGAUUCCGGAGCUACACACUCCUUUAUAUCUGAGGCUUACCUCACAAAACUGGGCGUUAUACCUGAACGAAUGGUUGCGGGAUAUAGUGUUUCAUUACCGUCAGGGGAGGAAUUGCAUAGCAACAGGAUGGUAAAGAACUGUCAGAUGAUGAUGCAAGAUCAUAUGGUGGGCGCGAGGUUCAUCGUGUUGGAAAUGACAGAGUUUGAUGUGAUCCUUGGCAUGGAUUGGCUGGUUCAGCACGAGGCAGUCAUCGAUUGUAAACAGCGGACGGUUAAGUUGAAGGUACCAAAUGAAAAACUCCUCAUUUUUCAAGAAGCUUCACAGAUAGCUGUUCCCCACAUGAUCUCCAUGUGCAAAGCUCGACGAAUGUUAAGUAAGGGAUGUGAGGGGCUUUUAGUUCACAUCUCGGUUAAGUCGGGGACACAACGACCAAGUCUGGAGGAAGUGGAAAUAGCCCGAGACUUCUCAGAGGUGUUUCCAGAGGAUGUUACGGGUCUACCCCCGGCUCGGGAGGUGGAAUUCGGAAUAGAACUAGUACCGGGGACUACGCCGGUGUCAAAAGCACCCUAUCGGUUGGCGCCUACCGAAAUGAAAGAGUUGAAGGGGCAGUUGCAGGAAUUGCUGGACAAGGGUUUUAUACGACCAAGCGUGUCACCAUGGGGAGCCCCGGUGUUAUUCGUACGCAAGAAAGAUGGGACCAUGCUGUAG